GAAUAGAUUUCUUUUAUUAUUUAUUUACAUUUGAUAAAUGAUAAGAAUUAAGGACUGUGAUAGUGCAGAAGUGGUACUACGAUAGACAGUACGAUUAGUAAUGUAGUUCGGUCGAGGUAUAUUUAUUUUCUAUGUUCUUACAAUAAAAGUCGUCACUUUUAUGACUAUUCAUACACAAUUAUUUUUUCAAUGAUCGUUUGCAAGUGACAACUACACUAUACUGUGGUUAUUAAUUUUAUUAUCAUAAAUUUAUAACGACUGAAGAGUGUAACGUAAUUGAAGUUGUUACGUAGGUGCUAUUCUCCGUGUCAAAUUUGGUAUCGUAUAUUAUUAUAUACAAUAUGGUCUCGUCUUUGCCGUAAUAAAACCUUUGACAUUUAACGUGGCUCGUGAUAUUGCGACUUCUAACUCGAGUUUGUGAAAAUUCAUUUAAAAAUUCGUGAUGGACGACGAUGGUCAACAAAGAUCCAAACAGUAUUUGACAACAAUGUUGGAUCACGCUGAAAUGCUCAUUGAAAACAUACGAAAAGAGGCUUUGAAGAUGUCUGAGGAUCUUGAAAACGUUUAUAACAGCGUAGAAGAUGUGAGAAAUUCUAAAUUGUUAGACCACCUGAGUGAAGUUGACAAAGAAGAUAUUAAUCAGUUUGCAAAUCGAAUUAUUGACAGAUGUGAAACAGUUAAUAUCAAUGUGCUUACCACCAGGAGUGAUAGCCAACAAAAUUGUUUAGAAGAAAUCAACACAAUGAUUGACAGAAUAGUGAAUACAUUGAGGGAGGAUCCUGAUAAUGCUAAGGCUAUGUGUCAGGCAUAUAUAGCUUCUUGUAGUCCAUUAGAAAAUGAGCUUGGUUGUAAGGUGUUUGAAACAGCUGUCUUAGGGUGUACGCUUGACGAUCAGAAACGCAUUAUUAAACGUCUACAAGGGCUGUUGGACUAUAUAACUGAAUUUAAAGACAAAUAACUUUACAAAUUUGUCUGUCAUCUGCAAUAAUUCCAUUUGUUUUAACUAUUAUUAAUUGUUCGUUACUAAUUUAAUCUUAAUGUUAAUUGAUUUUCCUGACAAACAUAUAGUGAUAUCAAUUGUUUUUCAAUAUUGCUAUAUUGUUUCAUAUAUUAUUAAUUACACAUUAAACAUUUUUAUACUUGAAAAGUUAUUAUUUAAAGUUUAAACUACUAUGGUAUGACACAAGAGUUCUUAAAGAUAUUUUUUUUCUUUUGUCUUAUUUUUCCUGAUCUCAAUUUUAUUGUGGUUGAAGAAUUUCUGUUGUGGUAUGGAACUGCACCAAAUGAACCUUGAAAAUAAAAAAAAAAUUAGUUAAUUUGUAAUUAUAUUAUAUAUAUAUAUAUA